GCCAAACUCGCACCCUUCGGCCACCACCCAAUCUUCCCCUGGAGCUUCGAGGAGACGCUGGGAAAACCCCCCCAUGCCCCCCCGAGAGUCACUUGCACAUUCGGGGGAUGGGCCUUGGUUGCUGUGGAUCCACCAAACCUAAUCAAUCGGAGCCCCAUCCACGUUCCCUUCUGUUGAACCCGCCCCGAAAUCUCUCCUCCCAUUCCAGCGCCUUCUUAGUUAGCCUGUUUGCUGGUGCCUCUACUUCCUCCCUCUCCCGGUCGACUCCUCUUUCCUCCCAUCCUGAUGUGAUUUGCUUCCCAGCAGCAAUUCAAACGCCCUUUCUCGACGUCCGCUUUUUCUGCUGUUUAAUUCGAAACAUCGACACUCGCUUGAUUCUACCCGCUCGUUUUGGUCGUUUAUUGAAAGAGGAGGAAUUGACAAACCAAACACAAAUCUCCCGGGUCCCAAAUUACUCGACAAGCCAACGACAACCCCCAGGUUUUGUUAUUGCGAAUUUACUGUGCGAAAAUAGGGGUGGCCACAACCAACACCAUCUCCCUCAACCACGACUACUCGAUACCGAAUAUCGAAAGACACAAAGGACGUCCUUCUCGACCGACUGCACUCGCUUAUUAACCCAUUUUGGUUAAUUUUGAAGGCCUCGACGACGUCCUUCCGCUCGGAACCUCGUCCUCAUCUUCAACACACCCUCAUAAAUUUCACCGGGAAUCUACCUCCCCCCACAUCAAAAUGAAGGCCGUUCAGUCUCUCGCUCUCGGCCUUGCCGUCUUCACUCCUCUGGCCUCCGCCUGGCCCAAGUGGCUUCCAGAUGUCGACGCCCUGGUUGUGCGGCAAAACGAUGAAUCCUCAACCGCUGCCGCAACUCAGACCGCGACUGCUCAGACUGGCGCCACAGCAACAGGAACGGCACAGGCGACAAACACCGGCGGCGCGAAGACCACCAACCUCAACACCGCAAAGCUUCCUACAGGCACUGAGACGGGCACUGGCACCAAGACAGGCACCAGCAAGUCCAAGGCGACCUCUUUCGAUGACACAGAUCCGGCUGGUGGCAUUACCAUGGUCACGCCAGCGGCCACGGCUCAGUCUAUCAACCUUUACAAAAUUGGAGACUUUGUCACUUGGGGAUGGAACUACACAAACCUCCAAGCCUCUCCUACGGCCAUCGAUGUCCUUGUUUCGUGCUCAUCCAUGGCUCAGACCUGGACAUUGACACAGAACAUGACCUUUGCUCAGCCCGCCUCCUUCACCUGGGAUUCGAGCGUGCAGGCGACCGACCCCUCAGCGCCGCUGCGAAAUGACGAAUACACUCUUGUUAUCUAUGACGCGGAAUCAAGCGUCAGUGCUACCGCCCAGCCUGGCUACCUCGGCGUCUAUUCCAGCUUCAAGUUUGGCAUGUACAAGGCCCAAGAAUACAAGCCCCUGAACGAGUGGAACUGCGCAACGUGCUCUGCUGCGUCUGGUCUCGACAGCAAGGCUCUCGGCAUGGCUGUCGGUAUGAGCAUUCUCACGGUGGCCAGUUUCACAUGGUUUGUGGCGGGAGUGGGCAUGUUUUAACGACGUGUUCUAUAAUGACCAAAAAAUUUCAUCUGUAAUUUUUGAAUAUCUAGUUGCUUUGGGGGGCCUUACAAGAGCGAGGAACAAGAGUCCAGCGGUAAUCAUUUACGGUGGUCAUUUCUACACAACACAAGGGGCGGCGUUAUGUGUCACAGCAUGGUCGGGCAAAAUAUGACUCCGCAUAUAGGUAAACUCAAGACGUUUAUGAGUGUUAUCUUGAUAUAUAGCUUAAUUGAUGAUACUGGCUGAUACAUGGCCGUAU